AGUUGCACUACCAAUUGUCUUGCUCCAUUGGCAAAGGUUCUUAAUGACAAGUUUGGUAUUGUUGAGGGACUUAUGACAACUGUCCACUCUAUUACUGCAACUCAGAAGACUGUCGAUGGUCCAUCAAUGAAGGACUGGAGAGGAGGUAGAGCUGCUUCAUUCAACAUCAUUCCUAGUAGCACCGGAGCUGCUAAGGCUGUUGGGAAAGUACUUCCUUCUCUAAAUGGAAAGCUUACCGGAAUGGCUUUCCGUGUUCCAACUGUUGACGUCUCGGUUGUUGACCUCACUGCAAGGCUUGAAAAGGCAGCAUCGUAUGAUGAAAUUAAAGCUGCUAUUAAAGCCGAGUCCGAGGGUAAACUAAAAGGGAUCCUUGGUUACACUGAAGAUGAUGUUGUAUCAACUGAUUUUGUAGGCGAUAGCAGGUCAAGCAUUUUCGAUGCCAAGGCAGGAAUUGCUCUGAAUGGCAACUUUGUGAAGGUUGUAUCUUGGUACGACAACGAAUGGGGUUACAGUAACCGUGUUAUCGACUUGGUUCGUCACAUGGCAUCUGUUGCUUGAGAUGUUUUCCCAUGGAUUACACAUUGAAGGGAGAAUAAUUUUUUUACUUAGUAAUCAAUCUAGUUUGUGCCUUGGUUAGGUGGUUAUGGAAUAACUGAGAUGUUAAAUCUCCAAAAACCUUUUCUUUUUCUUUCCUUUUGAAGAGUUUGUAGCAGUGGAUUAUCUUGGAGUCUAGAUCUGUUUGUAUUUUACGGAUUAGAAUUGCAAUUGUACCAUUAAAUCUUUCUGCAUUAGUUAUAUUUUCGAGGACAAUAAAUCCAACUUCAUUCA